CGUACGUUAGCCCUUGCAAAUGCGCGGACUGAUCGCGUAUUCUCGUACCUAUCGUCCCGUAAAAGGCAACAGAGCAGUGUAGUCUUUAAGUCUGCGGAUGAACUUGACUCGGUGAACUUUGAAGCUUCCGAGGCUAACAUAGGCUGCUAGUUAGCUUAGCCUGCUAGGUGCUAACAAGGAGACACGGAAGUUAUCAACACAUCGCUUACAACAGGAGUGAACCUUCAGGAUGGAACAGGAGAAACCACAGCCCCCCUAUAUUAAAAAGGAAGAAGAAGAACCACAUCCUACCCACUUCAAAGAGGAAGAUGAGGAGCCGCAACAACCCCACAUUAAAGAGGAAGAACUACACCCCCCACACUUUAAAGAGGAAGAUGAGGAGCUCGAUCCCCUUCUCUUUAAAGAGGAAAAGGAGGAACAGAUCAUCAGUCAGAAUGGAGAGCAUGGAGAGGUUGAUGUCCCCAAGAUUCCAUUCACUUGUGUCAUUGUGAAGAGUGAAGAAGAUGAGGUCAAAAGUGAAAGUGAGGAGAAGAGAGAGGUGGAGCCUCCAAGCAGCAGCUCAACUCAACACAUGACAACAGAAGCUGAUGGAGACCACUGUGGAGGAUCACAAGCAGACAAACUCUUAGCUCCACUAUCAGAUAGUGAUGACAUGACGUCACACUCUGCUGACACUGAUGAUGAAGACUCUGAAGCUGAUACAACAUGUCACACUGACAACACACACUUUGAAUGUUCUCACUGUGGCAAAACUUUUAAUCAUUGUCGUAAUUUGAAAAGACACAUGAGAAUACACACUGGUGAGAAACCUUUUAUCUGUUCAAGCUGUGGUAAAAGCUUUACACAAAAUAAUCAUUUGAAAAGACACAUGAGAACACACACUGGUGAAAAACAUGUGGUCUGUUCAAUCUGUGAUAAAGGUUUUACACAAAAUAGUGAUUUGAAAGCACACAUGACAAUACAUACUGGUAAAAAACCUUUUUCCUGUUCAAUCUGUGCUAAAGGUUUUACAGUAAAGAAUCAUUUGAAAAGACACAUGACAACACACACUGGUGAAAAACAUUUUUCUUGUUCAAGCUGCGGUAAAUGUUUUACUGUAAAUUGUGGUUUGAAGGCACACAUGAGAAUACACACCGGUGAAAAACCUUUUUCCUGUUCAAUCUGUGCUAAAGGUUUUAUACGAAAUAGUGAUUUGAAAGAACAUAUGACCAUACACACUGGUGAAAAACCCUUUUCCUGUUCAAUCUGUGCCAAAGGUUUUGUACGAAAAGAUGCGUUGAAAAGACACACGAGAACACACACUGGUGAAAAACCGUUUUCUUGUUCAAGCUGUGGUAAAUGUUUUACACUCAAUUGUGAUCUGAAAAGACACAUGAGAACACACACUGGUGCGAAAGUGUGAGUUGCAAUGAGUGUGAUGAAAUACUCUCUUCAAAGUGCCAGUGUAAGAAACACAAAUGAGAACAUCAGCAUCAAAUGAAGCUGCAGGAUUUAAAAUAAACUGUCCAAACCUUAAUUUUUGACUUUCCAACAACAACACCACAUACUUGUAUAAUGUGACAUCAUUGUUGUGUGUAAAUCAGGAGUGCCCACACUUUUUCAGCAGGCGAGCUACUUUUCAAAUGACCGAGUCGAGGUGAUCUACCUCAUCUUUAUUUGUAUAUAUAUAUAUAUAUAUA